AUUGACAGAAGUCAGCCAGCCAGCAGUCAGCGUAAUAAAUCGUCCGUUUUUAUCAAACAAAACAAGCAGAAUUAAUCGAAAUAAAUUGAUAAAAACGGAUUAAUUGCAAUACCUUCGCUGUAUAAAAUUAGGUAUUUCCUUAUCUCUUAAAAAGAGGAGUUGUACACGCUAAUACUUAAAUAUUGCCAUAACCUUAUUAAAAUUUAGGUGUGUUGUAGUUGUGUGUGACUAAUUACUAUUUAUUCCGCAUAUGCGGAGAUUCUACACGCGCUUUAUCGGGCACACAGUGGUCAGAAGGCCGCGAUCUUUGUACCAAGGUUAAAGACUGCAGUGACUCUUCAAAAUGGGUAACAAAUCAUCACUGUUGUUACGUGAAGAAGAAAUAGCUCAAAUUCAGGAGGAAACUGGAUUCACACCGAACCAAAUUGAGCGAUUAUACUCCCGUUUCACAUCCCUGGACAAGAAUGACUGCGGUACGCUCUCCCGGGAUGACUUCCUGAGGAUUCCUGAGCUGGCCAUCAAUCCGUUGAGUGAGAGGAUCGUCCACUCUUUCUUUGCGGAGAGCCACGAUGACCGUGUCAAUUUCCUGCAGUUCAUGAGAGUGCUGGCUCACUUUAGGCCAAUCAGGAAGAACAGGGAAAACAAAUUGAAUAGUAGGGAGGAGAAACUGAGAUUUGCAUUCUCCAUGUAUGAUUUGGACAAUGACGGAAAGAUCUCAAGAGAUGAACUGCUAGCCAUCCUCCACAUGAUGGUUGGUGCUAAUAUUAGUGAAGAUCAACUGAUAAGCAUCGCCGAACGAACGAUCCUGGAAGCGGACACCAACAACGACCAGAUGAUCUGCUUCGACGAGUUCUGCCAUGCACUUGAGCGCACUGACGUCGAGCAGAAGAUGUCCAUCCGCUUCCUCAACUGACCUCCACAGUCAUGAACCGUGUACGUGAAGUAUGUCCUCACUAUAGUGCUCGCUCUCAUCGUCUAUGGGCUUCUCACUAAGAAAUGAGUUCGCUUCGAAGGACUAAUACUAAAACUUAGUAUGAUUUGUGUAUGCUUUAGCUAAAUAACUUUUCCCUGUACUAAUAAAUGUUGUGUAAAAUGCACCUGUGGAUAUUGUAACUGCAUUUCAAUUUGAGGUGACUUCACUGUGUAAAACAAAUUAUCUGUGUAAACGAAUUUUAUAUGUAUGAAUGUUUACAAUAUCUGCAGGUGCUAGUUUUAAAUUAUUCUAUUGGUCCCAAAACACUUGUUGGAUUUGUAUUUAUAUGUUGGGACAUGUAUUGUAUUCUAGGACAGAAGUUCUAUAACUAUUUAUUUAUUUAUUUAUAAAAUUUCUUAGAUUUUGGCCAGACAGCAAAGGCAUAGUGUUGUUUAAUGUGUACUAUUCUAAUUCUAUUAUACAAUAUUCAUUAGUUCUAGGGAUUAUAAUUUUCUCUUAUUAAAUAUUUUGAUGUUAGCUAACUUGAUGUAUAUUUUUAAGUUAAAUAUUAAAGAGAUUAAUGGGGUUUAGUUUAACUUUUGAAUUAGCUAAAAUGUUAAAUGUUGUGUACCUAAAAUUAGCAUUUAAUUAUGGUAGCAAUAGAGGAUAAGCAGAACAUGCUAUAGUUGUUUACAUCUUUAAUAGAGGAUUUUUGAUAAAGACAUUUGUGUAAGAGGAUAAGAAAACUAUAGUGAAUUAGCACUGUUUGUCCUCACUGCUUACUAUAUGAAAUAAUAUUAAAGCAUUUGUUUACUUUGUCACUCAUUAUCUAAAUCUGGUUGUAUGUUUGUACUUAGAGGGAUUUUAGUGCUGUUUUGUAUAGAUACUUGUAUAAUUGUGUACUAUUAAGGCUCUCUCUUGAUCUAACUACAUGGUCAAUGUAUGCUCGGCGACAUAUUUAAGUAAAUAAUAAUAAUUAUAACCUGUUUUACACUUAUUUAGUUUUUUUUAUGUUUUCCAACUCAUAAUGGGAGGCGAUAGGUACUUAUUCAAUACAUAUCUGUAUGUAUUGCUUACAUACGUUGUUAUUUAAAUCUGCCACCGAGUCUAGACAUAAAUUAUUCCGAAAUUAUAUUAAGUAAGCAAAUUAGUGAGUUGUUACCAAAACAUAGAUAUUGCAAAGAUAAUAAAAUGAUAAGCUGUGGUAAUUAGAUAUUGUGUAGCUGUAUUUAUUUGAUGUAAUACUUUGUAGAUUAUAUUAAACCAAUUAUAAAUAUUUUUACAAGAUAAACAAGAGUUUCAAUUGACCAAAUCCUUAAAUUUUGAUUCUAAGAUCUAUAAAUUACAGUAAUACAUUAAAAAACAAUAAUAAAAAUAUGUUUCAUUUAGGAAUAAACAAUGUUUAGAAUUAAACAAUUUAAUGCCAUUUUAAUUUACAUAAUAUUUUGUAGAAAAUAUAACAUUAUAACUUAAAUAGCGACACGACGGACCUCGACCUCAAUACGAAUGUAUGUUCGACUAUUGAUAAAAAAUAAUUCAUAAUCUAACAUUACUAAUUUGUAUCUAAACUCGCU